ACCGCCAAUAAACACCAAAGAAGAAGAAGCCGCCUUCGGUUUACUCCUCGAUCCACCGGCGGCGCUGAAUGCUGUUUGUGUGAUUCACCGGGAAACUGGGUUCUCUUCCUACUAAACUUCGUUUUCGGAGUGUGUAGGAGCAUCAUGUGGAGGAAGGCUUCAGCAGCAGCGCUGCUGGCAUUAGCUGUUGGCUACUUCUACCACGGCAGCCCGGACCUGCCGGAGCAGUUGCUGCAGUAUGUCGGCCUGCCGAGUUUACGGGCGUCACCUCAGAGUGACGGCAGCCUGGAGCAGGUGAUCUCUGCCGCCUGGGAGACUCUGAUCACUCUGCCGACCCGCCAGUGGAGCAAAGUGGCAGUAGGGGUGAAUGCCUGUGUGGACGUGGUCGUCUCGGGCGUGGGGCUGCUGCAGGCCAUGGCAGUGGAUCCCGGCGCCGGCCUGGAUCACGAAGUGCUGCACUCCAAGGAGGACUUGAAGGAGUCCUUCAUCCACUACAUGGAGCGGGGGGCGGCUGCCGAGCGCUUCUUCAGCGACCCCGAGGCCUUCCAGAGGAUCGCGCGUGCAGCAGCCGAGUACCCCGGUGCGAAGCUGUAUGUGGGAGGGAACGCUGCUCUCAUUGGUCAGAAGCUCGCCAGCUACCCUGAUCUAAUGGUGUUGUUAUGCGGGCCGGUCGGUCCUAAACUUCACGAGAUGCUCGACGAGCAGAUCGUCGUCCCACCAGAGUCUCUGCAGGAGACGGACGAAUUUCACCUCAUCCUGGAGUACAAAGCGGGGGAAAAGUGGGGUUCAACUCAGGCACCUCAAGCCAACCGCUUCAUCUUCUCUCACGACGUGUCCAACGGGGCGAUGAGCUCACUGGAGACGUUCGUGGCGAGCCUGGACGAGUUUGAGCCGGACCUGGUGGUCCUGUCGGGGCUCCACAUGAUGGAGGGCCAGGGCAGAGAGCUGUGGGAGGAGCGGCUGAAAGAGGCCGUGUCAGCCAUAUCCGACAUUCAUAAAGACAUUCCCAUCCACUUGGAGCUGGCUAGCAUGACGGACAGAGACUACAUGAACAGCCUCAUGCAAGAGCAGGUUAUGCCCAUUGUCAGCUCCAUUGGGCUGAACGAGCAGGAGCUGCUGUUCCUCUCGCAGGCCGGCGAGGGGCCUCACUCGGAGCUGGCUGCCUGGAAAGGCGUCCCGGACGUGGGCCGGGUCAGCGACAUCCUGCUCUGGAUCCUGGAGCAGCACGGCCGCAGCGACCCCUCGUCCGAGGCCGACCUGACGCGCAUCCACUUCCACACGCUGGCCUACCACAUCCUGGCUACGGUGGACGGGUACUGGGGGAACCAGGCGGCGGCGGUGAUGGCGGGAGCGCGAGUGGCCAGCACUCAGGCCUGCGGCCUCCGGUCCGUCGACCCGAGCAAAGUGGAGGUCAAGGCGCCGCUGGAGUUUCACAGCUCGCACGGAGAGCCGCGAGAGAAGCUAACGCUGAACCCGGCGGCGCCCGUGACCGCGUGGCGCCGAGGAAACGUCACCUUCCACCUGACGGUGGUGCUGGUCUGCAAACAGCCUCUGCGGACAGUGGGGCUCGGCGACGCCAUCUCAGCGGAGGGACUAGUUUAUUCCGAGCUAAAGACCCCGCAGCCCUUUUGAGGGGGUUUGCUUGAAUGGGACGCUCCAUUCGUGUGCGGAAGUCUGCAGUCGUUGGGUCCGAGUUCUCAUUCAGGCCUCCGUCUCCCGAACCAGUUUCUGUGUCUUCCCUCCCGAAGCUCCAAGCUGAGUUUUAAGAAUGUGAAUCGAAGCUGAUUGGUUUUCGGUCCUGCCUGGCGGCUCCUGCAGCCGGCUCCGGUCUCCUCGGUUCUCCCUCCUCGAGUCCCCCAGCGGACGCAGGAAACUGAGGCAGGACUUGACCUGUGACUGGGCGGCGCGGCGGCCUGACUAUACGCACCGGCCGCGGCUCAAGGCCAUCAUCUCCAACUCCAAAGAGCCCUCCUAAUUUACUCCAACCACAUCUUAAGCAAACGGUGCCUUGAGAAAAUAAAGUCAUUUAAAAGUUAUAGUUAUAUUCCUAUUUCAAAGCCACCAAACUUAAAAACAAGCGUUCUAUAGUAGAAUCAAAGUGGUAUUUUUGAUGUUGUGUUUCUUUCACGUCAAAUAGUCUUUAAGUCACUUGAAAGUUCAAGCUCUUCACGAGAUGUACUUUACCUGUGACUGUCUGUACCUUAAGUUUGUGUUUUCUCAGCUUUUUGCCGUAUGCACUCCCACUAUGAAGAUGUUUGUUAACUUGUAAUCUCUGUUGAUUCCCAGAUGCAGCGUCCGUAAAAUAGUUUUUUGUCAAAUAAGGAGAUUCUACAUUUAUAAAUGCAGACCUUGUUUUGGAUAGAUUCCUUCUUUAUGCAGUAAAGAGCAGUUUCUAAUGUCGGGUUGGGUCAUUUAAAGUUAAAGUCAUUGUCAUUGCAUUUAAAGGUUAAAAGUCAAGUUUUAUUUGCAAAUGCGGCAUAUGUAAUCUUUGUUACUGUACUGUUUUUUUUGCUCACUGUCGCGUUUAACUUACUUUUCCCUCACUUAUGAACUGUGACGAUGUAAAGUAAUUGGCCGGAAACUCUUAAAAACCUCCUGACUCGUACUGGUACAUUAUGUGGUUUAUUUCUUUAUUUUUCACUCUGAGCUUACUUAGAAAUGCCUGCUACAUGCUAGAUAGACAGUGAGCCGUCAGCGCUGUGUGUUUGUUUGCCUCACGUAGCCGCUGAGGGCCUGCAAUAAUUAAUGGAAACAUGCAACAAAGCGGUGUGUGUGGCAUUUUGUUUAGCAGAAUAAAUUCUUUGCACUAGUAGAAAGUGGCAAGUGUGCCUGCAAGGGUGAAUGUACCCUUAACUCCGAAUCCCCCCCCCCCCUCCUCUUUUUUAGCAAUUACAAUCUAUUCAACUUCACUCAUUUCAUAGUUUUUUGUUUUAUGUUUUUUAACAUUUGUAACUGUCAACCCAUUUGAAGUGCUUGUAGUUUGUCAUUAAAAUAUAUUCGGAGAUAAGAGGC